GACACUAGCGGUGCAGGUGCACGUAGCGUGAACCACAAUUUUGGGCGCGACGAGUUUCACUUCCCGUCGAAGAAGAAGAAGGAGGAGAAUGCCGCGUAGAGGAAGCGGUUCACAGCGGAAGAGGCCGUCUCUACCCUCACCCUCACCGUCAGCUUUCAGUUUAUGGUAUGUAUGAACUUCGAUAUAUGCGUUUGAGGCAUGCUUUGAUUUAUGUUUCCUGUCAAACUGGCAGGAGAUGAAACUAGAUCCCCGCAUCGCCCGGAAGAAACACUGACCGAAAUAUCUCGGGAGGCUGUGGGAAAACUUUUACGCCGUGCUAAUAAAGUUGGAUCUUCCAAGAAAAAGAACAAGCCUGAGGUUGAGCCAGAAAUAAAUGGAAGUCAAGUUUCGGAACAAAUUCUUCAACCACAGACUUCAGAAGUUGGACAUUGUGGUGGAAAUUCCAUUGGAAAUGUUUCUGCAGAGAAGAAGCGUAAUCAUGUAAGUUUAGGCCAGGGCUUCUUGGAUGAAAAGGAAGAACUGCAUGACUCAGAUUGGGAAGAUGGUGCAGUUGCUAUGGAUGAUCGUCCUGUGACUGUUGAAUUGAAUGUGACCCCUGAUUCAGCUGUACGGAAACAAAUACGUCGAGCUUCUGCUGAAGAUAAGGAAUUGGCUGAACUAGUGCACAAGGCUCAUUUGCUUUGUUUACUUGCUCGUGGAAGAUUAAUAGACAGUGCUUGUGAUGAUCCUCUUAUUCAGGCUUCUUUGCUUUCUCUACUUCCAGCGCACUUGCUCCAGCUAUCAAAUGUCACAGAGCUCACUUCAAAAGCUUUACAUCCGUUAAUAGUAUGGUUCCAUGAUAAUUUCCAUGUUAAAAACUGUGCAAAUGAAGACAAGUCACCACACUUUGCUUUGGCGUCAGCUUUAGAAUCACAUGAAGGUAGUCCUGAAGAGAUUGCAGCUUUAGCAGUGGCACUAUUUAGAGCUUUAAAUCUUACAGCCAGGUUUGUGUCCAUUUUGGAUGUUGCUUCUAUUAAACCAGUUGCAAGUGGAUCUAGUAAGGGGAUAUUUAGUACUUCUACCCCAAUGAUAUCUAAGCUAAAAUUGGAUUUCAAGUCACCGAAAAAAUCAUUAUCUUCUAAUGAGAGAGAAGUAGUCGGUGAAAGUUCUCUUGGCCGUUCAUUGAAAAGUAAGAAAGCCUGUACAACAAGCCACAUGACUCGGUCUAAAGAUCCUCCUGUUGCUAAAGACUUGAAUCAAAGUGUGACAAACUCGCCAACUUCCAAGGCACACGACAAUAACCCUGAAUCAUAUGCCAUUGACAAAUCUCAUAAACCAAAGAGGAAAGGGGAUCUUGAAUAUGAGAUGCAGUUGGAAAUGGCUCUUUCUGCUACAGCGGUUGAAUGUUCGGAGAAUAAAAUGGAGUCAGGAGUGAAUGCUGAGUCAUCAAAUGUUUCUUGUCCAUCAAAAAGGAUGAAAAUAAUUAAAGGUGAAGAAUCUUCAACCUCCCCUCAAGUAAUUUCGACGGCAGUUGGAUCAAUGAAAGUAGGAUCUCCUCUGUACUGGGCAGAAAUCUAUUGCAGUCAAGAAAAUUUGACAGGAAAGUGGGUGCAUAUUGAUGCUGUUAAUAUGAUUAUUGAUGGAGAGGACAAGGUCGAAGCCAUGGUUGCUGCGUGCAAAACAUCUUUGAGAUAUGUUGUUGCUUUUGCUGGACAGGGGGCCAAAGAUGUGACCCGCAGGUACUGUAUGAAGUGGUACAAGAUAGCACCACAACGAGUUAAUUCAACAUGGUGGGAUUCAGUGUUGGCUCCACUGAGAGACUUGGAGUCUGGCGCAACUGAAGGUGUGGUUCUUUCAAGAACAAACCAAAUCGUUGCUACAGAAGCCAACAUGAUGGAUUCUUCUGCUCCUUCAAGGAGUUCUCUUGAGGAUAUUGAGUUAGAAACUAGAGCAUUAACUGAGCCUCUUCCAACCAACCAGCAGGCCUACAAAAGUCAUCUACUUUAUGCCAUAGAAAAAUGGCUUACAAAGUAUCAAGUACUUCAUCCAAAGGGUCCAAUUCUGGGCUUUUGUUCAGGGCACCCAGUUUACCCUAGGACUUGUGUGCAAACAGUUAAGACAAAAGAGAGAUGGCUCCGGGAAGGACUGCAAGUGAAACCCAAUGAACAUCCUGUGAAGGUUCUUAAAUGUUCCAUUAAGCCCCAGAAAGUACAAGAUUCUGAAGCUGAUGACAAUGGCUGCUCUGAUUCUAAGGAAAAUAUAAAACUUUAUGGGAAGUGGCAACUGGAACCACUGAUUCUACCUCAUGCUGUGAAUGGGAUUGUUCCCAAGAAUGAACGUGGUCAGGUAGAAGUUUGGUCUGAGAAAUGUCUUCCGCCAGGCACUGUGCACUUAAGGCUUCCGAAGGCCUUUUAUGUUGCCAAGAGGCUAGAGAUUGAUUAUGCGCCCGCUAUGGUUGGUUUUGAAUUUAGAAAUGGCCGUUCAUAUCCUGUCUUUGAUGGUAUUGUGGUCUGUGCUGAGUUCAAGGAUGCACUUCUAGAGGCAUAUGCAGAGGAAGAGGAAAGACGUCAGGCUGAUGAGAAGAGAAGGGAUGAAGCCCAAGCUCUUAAUCGGUGGUACCAGCUUCUUUCAUCCAUCGUAACUCGUCAAAGGUUAAAUAAUCGUUAUAACAGCCAUUUGUCAUCAGAGAUGCCAUCUGAUGUCCAAUGCAUGAAUGAUAAUGUGUCAAAUGCCACAGCUUGUGGUAGUUCCGACGAGAAUCAGAACCCAAGACACCAUCAGGUGGAGAAAUGCGAUGCAGAUUUUGAUGCAUCGUUAAGUACUCCAGUAAAGGACCAUGAGCAUGUUUUUUUGAAAGAGUACGAGAGCUUUGAUAAGGGAACCUCUCUAUUGACCAAGCGAUGUCAAUGUGGAUUUUCAGUCCAAGUAGAAGAAUUAUAGUAUUUAUUAUUUUAUUUUGAAACAUCUAUCCAGAUCCUUAAUAGUCCACUGAUGCUUCAAGCAAUGGCAGACAUUGUUUAGUUUUUUUCUCUUGUUUUGUAGUUUCUGAGAUUCAUAUGCUUUAUUAGUGAGUAAGGUUUAGAUGGCUUUGGCUUUACAACUUGUUGUAUCACAUAUUAUGUGAUGUAUGUACUAUGUACAUAUUCAAAGGUCAAACAGUUUCUCUGACAAAACUCCUAGAAUGUAUUUGUUAUUUGUAAUAUAUUAAAUAGGAAAAUGGCGUGUUUUGUUUGGCAA